UCAGUCAUACAGCAACAUUUUGGUGUGACCUGCCUGCCCUUCUAGCUGAUAAUAGUUCAGAUCCUGAAGUAGUACUUCAGAGGGGUGGAGAGAGAGGAACACUCGCAGGAGCUAUCAGACCUUUUUGGUGGUAUGUUUAAGCAUUUGCCUCCUCUGAACUAAGCAGCUUCAUGAGAACCUGAACUCCCUGUUCACUAACCAAGGUACGAGUGUCUAUCUAGAAUGUCCAGGCAUGCACAACAACUUAGAGACCAUGAUAUAAAUCCAUGUGUAGAGGAAACAGAUGCCUCUAGAAAAUGUAUGGAUGACAACAACUAUAAGAAGGAUAUGUGUACUGCUUAUUUUUUGAAGUACAAAAACUGCAGAAAAUUCUGGCAUGACAUCAUGAUGCAAAGGAAAAGAAGUGGUGUGAAGCCAGAGAUGCCCUCAGCAGAAGAGAGAAGGAAAAUUUUGGAAUCAAUGGGGAAGCCCUACUGACUAGAACUUACAUUGAUUGACUGUUUUCACUAUGUAGAUGAAGACUUAGCAGGAGCAAGUGGCCCUUUUAUGAACUGAACUUUACAGUUGCCAUAUCUUGGAUUAAAAUAAGCUCUUAAAUUUUGAAAUGUGUGAGCUUUUUCAGAGAGAACCUCUUGGGUUUAUUCAUACUCCCUGUCAUGGGAACAUGGCCUUUCACUGGAAGACAUGGCUAUCAACACAACUUAUGUGUAGACACUUUGGAAGUAGAAUCUAACUUGCCAUGUAAUGCUAAAUAUAAAACUAAUGGGACUCAAAGUUUGUGUGAAAGGAGGGAAUUGGUGAGUGUUGCAGUGUAGCUCUAAGGAUGGAGCAGGUCAAGAUGCUGGUAUGUGCAACAUGAUUCUUGUAUCCUGCUAUUCUGCCUAAUAUUAUGAAGUGAUCAUGUGUGAACUUAUCACUAUUUUCACAGGAGUUGUAUUCUGUGUCCCCGGUUUAAAUAAUACUGUUCAUGCACUAAAGUUCCAGUUGCAACAAGCUUGUCAUUAGGCUUGCAACUGCACUCAUCAGUGACAGCAGAAGUGUGCAAUAAAUCAGAUUUGCAAGCUUUGCUUGUUACAAGGUUAGAGAGGUUGAUGAAGAUAGUUCAGACCCGAGGAGUUCAGUUCUGAGUAGUACCUUCUGUUGAUAGUAAGUGGAUACUUUGCUGGCAGGGAUGGCUUGUAGACAUGUAAACAUAUACUCUGAGUGACAUGGCAGGUUUAACUAUAGUACAUCUAUCUAAGACUCUCUGAACAGCUGAAGCCCUGGGUUUGGAAAUGCUUACUCACUCAAGACUACAAAGCUCAGUUUGAAUACAUACCCUAAUCUUAAGAUUGAUUCCUUGGUAUACUGGACUACUAGUAAGUGUAAAUGGGUUGCAGUCUAUUGGAAACACUUUUUUACCUUUUCUUUAUUACCUUCUGGUGGCCUGGCUUAAAAGAUUGCACUCUGUGGAAAAACAUGAAAAAAACACUGUCAUGAGCUCAAGUUCCAUGUGAGAUCCUUCAGGGAUCUACUGUGAUCAAGUUGGCAGAACUCUGGUUGACCUCACGGAGGAUGGUGUAAAAGUGUUGCCUCUCAAUUUAGUCUGUUUUGGAAAGACUUCAGGGCUUCCUGUUUCUCCUGUCUGGCUUGUCUUCUUUCUUUCCAAGGGAAGCCUAUUUCUGUGCCUAGUGGGAUUGUUAUGCUGUUCCACUGUCCCCCUUGUUAUUUGACCUGACUAGUAACUAAUGGAGAUCUGCUUUUCCUCUUUCUGUCUGUUCUCCUUAUACAUCUGAGUUUUGAAGUUGAUUGAUUGUAGCUGUUCUGUUAUUGGAAUGAGUGUGUAGCUCUAUGCCUUUUGAGUAUGCAGUUCUAUGAGCAUUACUGUGCAGCCUCCAAGCCAUGUCACAAAUUCUCUAGGGCAUUUCCUGGCAAGGGAAAUGGACUUUCUUCAAUCAAGAUCAUCAGAUUCAUUAUUUUACAUUACUUUCUCUGUACUUUGAAUUAAAACUUUGCUGACUUUUUUUUUUUUUUUGUGGAAUAGGGAAUAAACACCCAGAUUUAAAGGCUCUUUUUUGCCCACCACCUCCUUGCUACCUUCUUCCAAUACCCUCCUAUGUACAUUUGGCACCUUUUUUUUUUCUUAACAAUUCAUGAAUUUUGGUCUGUUUGUAUUUCAACUUUUUUUCUAGUAGCUUUGUUCUGUCUCUGAUCUAAUGAUGUCUUGCAAUUACUUUAAUAUAGUUCCUCUUGAAGGUCUUGUGUUCUCUAUUCUCCUUGUUUUUGUGAAAGGAGAACUUGCUUUCACUAGACAAAUUUAGUGGUAAUAUUUCCUCAUUGGCCAUGCCUCUAUUUGGUCUUGUUCAUCUGCAGUUUUUGGGCAGCUGAUUGUCCCCUUUUCCUUAGGGCUCUGUAUUUCUGGAUUCUUCUGGUUUUGCUGCCUUACUUGGUCUGAGGGCAGGUUCUCUCCCACUUGGCACAGGUUUGUCAUUUGGCACCUCUGCUGUAUCUUUGGGCAUGUUCUUUGCUCAUAUGCUUUAGCUACUAUUCCAAUGCUUGCUUUUUUCCAGUGUCUAUGCUCUUAUGUUCUGGGCCUAUAUUAAAAUCUACUGUAUGUAUGUAGUUCUAUGCAAGAAAAACAGCACCUUAAUGUGAUUAUGCUGAUUUUUCCUUGCAUAAGCUCAAGUUCCUUGAAGUCACCUCAUUUGUCCUAGGUUUUCCUUUCAUGUUUUGAGUGUAGAAAUGCCCUUUCUCCUGGAUUAAUUUUUGCAUUUAUGAUUUUUUCCUGCCAGUAUUUACUUGGAAAGUUGCUGCUGUUUUCUUUUAAAGAAUGAUUGACUUAUCUUUAGACUUCAGUGGAUAUACUCUAUUGCUUUGUAAAGUGUUUGUAAAGAACUAGUGCUGGACUUCAGAAAGUCAGAAAAGGAGAUGAAUUUGUUCCCUGCUUUCAAGUAUCAAACAGUGCAAGGAUGGGGGAGUCACAGGAGAGGCCAAGGCACAUGCAAUGCAAGAAGAGUAUUCUAAUAUUAGACUUCCUGAUCAUCUGUGGACAUGGUAAGCUCCCUGUGAGUGUUAGAACAAAACUGAGUUUUGUAAAGAGCUGAGUACAAUUUGAGCAGUGACCUUGUGGAUUUACUUCAGGUAAAUGGUCAACUUCAUGAAAAAAUCAUGGAAAGCAAGAAGUCUACUUCUUCAUGUCAUGAUGCAUUUGAAGAGUAAUCCAUUAGUUAAGUCUGAGUUUUCAGUGGUUUUCCCCCUCACUGAAGGUUGCUGUUCUUGCUUUCACAACUGAAGCCCAAGAGUGGUUAGUUAUGAGAGCUAAAACAUAGGCUCUUAUGUAUGAAAUGGUUGAGGUUCUUUCCAUUAAUUUUUGUAGUGUGAUUAACUGUCUUUGGUUGUGAGCCAAAUAUAAUGGUCUUUUCCUCAUACCUGAGAGCUUAUAUUCUGCACUUCACUGAAACACUGAGGUAAGCAGUAGCCUGCCAGUCAUACUGGGUAGAAAUAAACCGGAUUGAAUUCUUAGUUUUGCUAAAUCACGCUCCAGUGUAUUAACCCAGAAAACAUAACACAACAGACCAAUAUAAUUAAUUCAGAAGAAGGGAAGGGACCCGUUGGUUUUGAUUUGUGUAGCAGGUGUAAAUCUUUUUGCUUGUGGUACAAGAACCAAAUCUAGAUAGUGGCAUUAAUGUUUCAUUAUUUUUUGUUUGACAGCUGGAUGGUGCUGUUGCACAACAGACUGUAUGAAAACAGAGUUCACCCACUACUGGCUCUUGUGAGCUUUUUUUAGUCUCUUCCACAGAGAGCAGAAUUCAUGCAGGAGAAAGGAAAGACUGGUGCUGUCUUGACAAACAGAAGAGGAGUACAAGAGACUAAGUCACUACUGGAAAAUGAGAGGUUUCUGUGGAGCCUGAGAAGCUUUCGAAUAUGGUCCUUGAAAGAGCAUUUUUCAUUGUGGCUGGCUGAUCACAACUGAGCAUUGAGCAGACACUACAGACUAUCUGCCUGGCCCAGGGGAACGUCCAGACUCCCAUGCGUUAUAGCAUCUUACCUUUUCUGUUACCCUGCAGCACAAGGCCUUUGUCUAUUUGGCUGUGCACAUUUUCUGCUGCCGCUAUUGGGAUGAGUCUGUGCUGUUGAAGGUGUUUGAAGUCAUCUAGCUCUGGAGUCCUGAGAACUUUGGGUUUAAUAGCUGAAGCUUUGAAAGGCAGGGAGCUGUAUGUGCUACAGCUUGAAGUCUGUUUCAUGGUUCUCUAAUAAAACUUUUAUACCAAGGAUGUGUAUAGGAGAGCUUUUCCUCAUACUUCUGCAGAACAGAUAGGAUGAAUUUAGGGUAUAUGAUGUUACUCUGCUCUAAUGCUUUUGGAGACAGCCCUUAACUUACAUCAAACAUAGUUGCAUCUUAAAAGUCAGACUUCCAAAAUAACUGUGAAAAGAGUAAGCUGUGUGUGAUAAAGUUUGGAAAAAUAAUAUACUCUUGCAGUGUAUCAGUUUGAUUCUCUUGCAGGAAUGAGUCAACUGGAGGAAAUAGUUCUGUAGGUAUUAAAAUAAUUAAAAAAAAACAA